GAGAAUGUCCAAUUAUAUAUAUUGCACUACCUUUCACUGAAUUAUCCUCGCUAGAGCACAGCAAUGGAGAGCCAGUUAUGGAUGACCUGGGGAUCCGUUUUAGUCUCACUAUUCGCGUGCCUGGCAACCACUGCGAAAGACUUCCUCCCCUAUACCAUCCGGAGCUUCCUGAUGAGGAGAUGGCGGACGGUGGUGGAGGUGUUCAACCCGUAUGUCGACAUCCGGAUCGACGAGCUCAGCGGCGAGUGGCUGAGGUACAGCUUGGCCUAUGGCUCAAUCGAGACGUACCUGGCAAAUACCUCGUCGACGCGAGCAAGGAAGCUGAAGGGGAGGAUGGACAAGGACUCCCACAACCUGAUCCUCAGCAUGGACGAGUAUGAGGAGGUGACCGACGACUUCCAUGGCGUCACCGUCUGGUGGACCUCCGGCAAGUCCAUGAACCGGUCUCAGUCCUUUUCCUUUUACCCCUCGCCGGACGAGAAGCGAUUCUACAAACUAUCCUUCCACAAGCGCCACCGGAAACUCGUCGUCGAUUCGUACAUGAAACACGUCGUGGAAGAGGCGAAGGUGAUCGAGGCCCGGAACCGACGCCGGAAACUUUACACCAACAACCCUAAAAUGGACGACCACAGCUACCGAACGAAGCUGUGGAGUCAUGUUCCUUUCGAGCACCCGGCGACCUUCGAAACGGUUGCCAUGGACGCCAACAAGAAGAACAAGAUCAUCAAAGACCUGGACUUCUUCAAAAAUAGCAAGGAGUACUACCGUCGAAUCGGAAAAGCAUGGAAACGCGGUUACUUGCUAUAUGGUCCUCCUGGGACCGGCAAAUCGACCAUGAUCGCAGCCAUGGCCAAUUAUAUGGACUAUGACGUCUAUGAUCUCGAACUCACCUCCGUCAAGGACAACACCGAGCUCAGAAAGCUCAUGAUUGAAACCAGUAGCAAAUCGAUAAUCGUCAUAGAAGACAUAGAUUGCUCUUUGGAUCUGACAGGCAGCAGGAAGAAGAAGGAGGAGGAAGAAGAGGAAGAAGAGAAGCAGGAAAAAAAGAAGGGUGUCGGUGGGAGGCUUUCAAGAGGUAAAGAUGAGAGCAGAGUAACUCUGUCCGGGCUUCUCAACUUCAUAGAUGGACUGUGGUCUGCUUGUGGAGGCGAGAGACUCAUAAUUUUCACCACGAAUCACAUAGAAAAGUUGGACCCUGCGCUUAUCAGGACGGGGAGAAUGGACAGGCACAUAGAGAUGUCUUACUGUUGCUAUGAAGGGUUCAAGGUCCUAGCCAAGAACUACUUAGGUCUGGAAUGGCACGAACUUUUUAAGGAGGUGAGGAGGCUCUUUGAGGUGGACCAGGUUCAGGUGGCACCUGCAGAUGUUGCAGAGAGGUUGAUGGCAGAAGCUUUGGACGAGAAAGAAGAGGAGAACAGGACAUGCCUCCGCAACUUGAUUGAAUUCAUGGAGAAAGCUAAGGAGGAGAAGAUGAAGAAGGAGACGGCUGGUGAAGGAGAUCGAGGGAAGAACACUGAAGAGGAGGAUGGUGCUUCUGUCAGCGAAAGUGACCACAAAGAUUAAGAAAGUAACGACAAAAAGAACUGAAAUUAGUCUUUUGAAAAAAUUUAAAAAAAAAAUUGCUUGCCGUUUGAGAGUCCGCGUGCUUCUGAAAUAUAAAGGAAGAGCUAGUUCCCAAGUUUUUACUUGAUCAAGU